AAGUUUGGCCCUCCCGCUGUUUUUGAACUACAACUCCCAUGGUCCUCAGCCACAGCGGCCAAUAGUCAGGGGUGAUCCGAGUAGCCCAAUCAUGGGGGUAGCCCAACCACAGCUGAAGGGACAAAGUGGUACAGCCCUGCGCUAUGCGAUGCCAUCCCUAGUGAGCCAGUCAGGAAUGUGCACAGUGUGAUACGGAUCCACACCCUUUCACCUCAGAGCCCAACUGUCAACAGCAGAUCCUGGAACCUUCUGGCAUCCUUUGCCUGAUUGGCUCUCGCAAGGCCGUUCACCUUCCGAGUGUCUCAUUUCAAGAGGACACUGGGCUGGGUUGACUUCUCCUCUCCUCACCAGUACAGGAAGAGAGUCUAGCUAAGCCUGAUUUCUGAUCCCUACCUAAGAAAGCAAGGAGAUGGGAUACUUCCAGGAGCUGACAUUAUCACUUGUCCUGAUAACCAUGAUUUCUUGCUUGGGAGCUUUGCAGUAUGGUUACAACUUCUGGAUCCUCUACAGUUCUGUUUUGGUGGAGGAAGAAUUGAACCAAGGAGACCUCCAUGUGUCCAGCAGGCAUACAGAUCCUAAAAUAUUACUUCUGGAGCUCACUAUUGCUAUCUUCCCAACUGGAGGCAUCCUGGGGUCUCUAAUCUUUGCUUUCUUGGUAGAUAGGUUUGGCAGGAAACGCACCAUGCUGCUAAAUGAUAUUUUGUCUGUACUCUGUGCUAUCUUGUUACGUUGGUUCAAAAUGAUAAACUCUUUCUCGUUAUCCUUUAUUACACGCUUUGCUGCUGGAAUAUGCACAGGUAUUUUUUCAACUUCUGUUCCAAUGUACCUUGGAGAGAUUGCCCCUGUAAACCUGAGAGGAACCAUUAUCGAAGUGUGUCUGUUCUUUAUGUCUCUGGGUAUUGCUGUGGCUCAGGCUGUUAGUCUUCCUGAAUUCCUGGGGAAUGAACAAGGUUCGCCAGUCCUUUUUGGCCUAACUGGGAUCGGGGCGUUGUUUCAGCUCGUCCUACUGCUCUUCCUCCCGGAAAGCCCUAGGUAUCUACUGAUUCAAAAGAAGCAGGAAAGGGAAGCAAAGGAAGUCUUGAAGAAGCUGAGAGGUUCACACUAUACUGAGGAUGAGAUCGAAGAGCUCUAUCAGGAGGACCAGUAUGAGCAGCAAGAAAAGGGGAUGAGAGUUCAUAGGAUGCUAUGCUCUUCUAGACAGAGCUGGCCACUCCGCUGCUCCAUCAUCCUGACGGUGGGCCAGCAGCUCUCUGGCAUCAAAGCGAGUUUGUGUUCCUUUUUGUUCUCUUCGUUUGGACAGGCCUUCCAAUUUCGGAAGGAAGACUUCUUCCCUUUUAUGGCUUCCUUGACGGUACCUGUUAGCCAUGCUGGCAUCCUCCUGGACUUAGUGGCGUACUAUUAUAGAGAUGGUGUCCUCAAAUCUAUGGGAAUAGGAGAUGAAAAUGUGUCACGUCUCAUUUUAGGAGCAACCUGUCUCCUCAUGAUGACACACAUAGCAGUGAUUUGUGGCAUUGAUGCUUGGGGACGGAGGAUUCUGCUUCUCUGUGGCUUUGGAAUCUGCAGCAUCUCUUGCAUUCUGUUAACCAUGACCCUCGAAAUUGAGACCCCCAUCUCGUGGUUGCCUUACUUGAGCACAGUUCUAGUUUUAAUCCUCACUGGCGCACACAUCCUUGGGCCAGGUUCAGUUCCCAUCGUAUUGACAACAGAACUGUUCCUUCAGUCAUCCCGGUCCUCAGCCUAUGCGAUCGUAGGAUCUGUGCAUUGGUUCUGCAGUUGUAUUGUUACGCUUGGGUUCCAUCAUAUACAGAGCUAUAUUGGACCCUACAGCUUCCUCAUAUUCUUUCCUUUCAACUCUGUUGCCCUUUUUUAUAGCCUCAUGGUUGUUCCAGAAACGAAAAGGAAGACCUUUCUGUCUAUCAGGAAGCUUCUUGAAAUGCUUCCCAGCAAGAGUCUGGGAAAUAAGCAAGAAGCCAACGAAGAAGCUGUGCAGGAGUCUAUAACACCGAGUGGUGGGAGGAGGGAGUCACGUGACAGGAAGGGGUCCUUGCAGCGUGACGGGAGGAGCGAGUCCUUGCAGUGUGACGGGAGGAGGCAGUCCUUGCGGAGUGAUGGGAGGAGGGAGUCCGUGCCACGUGAUGGGAGGAGGAUGUCGGUGCAGCGUGGAAGGAUGCAAUAGAUGGUACCAAAGAUGCAAGGAUGCCAGCAACUUGAAUCUUCCAGGUGCAUCUUCUGAUGAAGUCUAGUAAAAGAAAAAUGUGAUGUCAUAUCCUGGUGAGCAGGAUUUUCUCACUUCAGUUCCUUUGCUGCCAUUCGAAGGAGAGGAGAAAUGUUUGAUAUGAUGAUGUCAUAUUAUGUGGUUCUUUUAUUUGACAUUAGUGGGGAGAUGUGUGGGGACGAUAAGGGGAAUGGGGUCUUCUUCUGCUAACAUCUCAUUAAGCCCUAUUUUGUAAAGAGGGAGAUGUGAAUCACUACCAAAGGGUAUUGAUUUUUUCAACUUUUACAGUUUUUGUUUAGAGGGAAUUGUAGCUCAUUUAUUUUCUGAUUCAAUCCCUCAGCCGGUAAACAAGAUUGUAGGUAGACAUAAAAAUUUAAAAUAAAAAUCAAAACUUACAAGUAA